CCUGGCGAUGUGGACCUUCAUGCUCCUGGGCCUUCUCUGUGCCUCGGCCUCUGCCAGUGCCAUCCAGGCCAGGGCCUCCUCCUACAGUGGCGAGUACGGAAGGGGAGGAGGAGAGCCAUUCUCCCACUCCGGCCUCCAGCUGGAAGGGCCCAUCACAGCCAUCCGUGUCCGGGUUGACAGCCGCUAUAUUGUGGGUCUCCAGGUGCGCUAUGGCCAGGUGUGGAGCGACUACGUGGGUGGCAAGCUGGGAGACCUGGAGGAGAUCUUUCUGCACCCAGGGGAGUCAGUGAUCGUGGUAUCUGGGUCAUACAGCAACUAUCUGAAGAUGCUGAACUUUGUGACUGACGAGGGUCGCUUCCUUUCCUUUGGGAAAGACACAGGCAUAAUGUUGUAUGCUGUCCCCUUGCACCCAAACACCGUGCUCUGA